AUGUCAGAUUAUACCAAUUCAGACGAUAAAAAAAAAGUUGAAAUUAUCUCCACCACUUUCAUUGAAAGUGACACUGAUAAUAAGAGUGAAGGCAAAGUUGAAAACACUACUGAGGUCGAUGCUGAGGAUACGGUCAAUGAUGAUUACAUUACCAGUUUUUUUGAAAUGUCAAAUGAAGCUAGAUCUGAAGAUGAAAGAGAUAAAAAGAUGACUUUAAAAGAAGGGUUCAAAAUGUUUCCCAAGGCUGUAAUUUGGUCAACUGUUAUUUCUUGUGCUAUUAUCAUGGAAGCUUAUGAUCAAAACUUAUUGUCUAGUUUUUAUGCUUAUCCUGCUUUUGCUAAAAGAUUUGGUGUUUAUUAUCCUAAAUUAAAUAAAUGGGAAAUUCCAGCUAAAUGGCAAAUGGGGUGGGCUAUGAGCUACCAAACGACUCAACUUAUAGGAUUAUAUUUAUCUUCUCAUUUUGUUGAUAAGAUUGGUUAUAAAAAGACUAUAAUGUUUCCAUUAGUUGCAAGUAUUGCAUUAAUUUUCUUACAAUUUUUUGCACCAACUAAAGAAGUUUUGUUAGUAGCUUAUGUGUUUCUCGGAUUAUUCUGGGGAUGUUUUCAAUCUAUCACUGUUACUUAUGCUGCUGAAGUUGCACCUGUUUCUUUAAGAGGUUAUCAAACAUCACUUGUUAAUGCUUGUAAGUAAGAACAAAAAUAUUUAAAGUCACAAUACUAACGAUUAUAGUUUGGGUAAUUGGAAAAUUGAUUUCUUCAGGUACUGUUAAAGGUAUUUCUAAUAUGGAAAAUCCUAAUGCUUAUAAAAUUGCUUAUGCAAUUCAAUGGAUUUGGCCGGUUCCACUUUUAAUUGGUGUUUAUUUUGCACCUGAAUCACCAUGGCAAUUAGUUAGAAGAGGUAAAGUACAAGCAGCUAAGAAAGCAGUUUGUCGUUUAAUAUCAACACCAAACAAUGAAGUAGUUGCUGAUCAAAUGGUUACUAAAAUGCAAAUGACCCUUGCUGAAGAAUCAAUAACAACAAAAGGAGUUUCAAUCUUAGAUUUAUUUAAAGGAAAUAAUUUGAGAAGAACAUUUAUUGUGCUGAUGCUAUGGAAUUCACAAAGAUUGGCAGGUGGAGCUAUUAGUAAUUAUUCUACAUAUUUUUAUGAACAAGCUGGUUUAUCGGUAUCGAAUGCAUUUACUUUCACAGUCGGAGAACAUUGUUUAAGUUUAUUUGGUAAUAUCAUUGCAUGGAUUGCUAUAAAGAAGUUCGGUUAUUAUACAAUUUAUUUGUUUGGUCUAAUUAUGAUGUUUAUUUGUAUGAUGCUUGCAGGUAUUUUUGGUUCAUAUAAAGGGAAUUCAACUGGUUGGGGUGCUGGAUCUUCCUUGUUAAUUUUUUCAUUCUUUUCUGAUCUUUCAGUUGGUCCGUUGGUAUACAUUUUAGUUUCAGAAAUUCCUUCUGCCAGAUUAAGAAAUAAAACUGUUAUGUUCGGUAGAUUAACUUAUUUGGUAAUUGGUAUAAUUACUAGUAUUAUCACACCUUAUAUGUUGAACCCUGCAAGUUGGGCAUGGGGAGCCAAAACUGGUUAUUGUUUGUUUAAUUCAGUUUUUUCCUUAGCUGUGAAAUUGAUCAUUCAUCUUAUUCCUCAAAAUAAGGUGGCAAUUUCCACAAUUAAGGAUCAAAUUUAUCUGUAUCUUACUAACAAAUUUGCUCUAGUUUAUGGUGGGUUUGGUUUCAUCUUCAUCGUUUGGUCGAUCUUUUGUCUACCUGAAACCAAAGGAUUAACGUUCGCUGAAAUUGACUGGUUAUUCGAAAACAAAAUUCAUGCUAGAAAGUUUAAAUCAACCAAAGUCAACUUAUUUGAUGCUGAAAAAUUAGUUCAAAAACUCGGAAGUGAUGGAGUUAAAGAUGUAGUGAAAGAAAGAGAUUAG